AUGUCGCCUUUGCCAGUUAUUGUCUGUGGCAGCUCCAACCCGCAAAUUUUCAACGCUGUCAAGCCUCUCUACUUACCUGAGUAUGAAAUUAUACAUAACGUCACCAGCAGCGCCUCUGGGGCAGUCGAAAUACCUCUUUUGCUGCAAGAACAGACCCCUAGUAUUGCUGGGCAGCCCAACCGUGGCACCAUGGACUAUUCCAGGCCGCCUGUGGCUGUCUUUGCCGGGGCUUUAUACGGCGACGAGGAAUUCGAGGAGAUGCGCCAGGCGUGCCAGGGUCUCAGUUCCAUACCUUGGCUAAAGAUGGACAUGAAUAUACCCCGCCCACCUUUAGGACCUGGUUACGGUGAACAUGUUGUCAAUAGAGUUAAGGCAUGCAUGAAGAAGAUCGAGACUGAGGGGAAGUUGGAACAAGAUGGUGUUUGGCUUUAUUGA